GUUGUCCCUUUUCUGGUAUGCAUCAACAUUGACAGCUUUGGUGUUGUUACAGUCUCAUGAGGACCCGCAAGACCCCUGCGAAGUCGGUCAUCUGAAAUGACCGAUUGCGCAAUGUAAAACAAAAGACGUGUUGACAACUCAUAGAAUACGAUCCUCUCUAAAUCAUCAAGACUGAAUGUUUCAUUUUAUUUACAAGUCAUCGUUUGACAGCUUAACCAAAUUAAUUAGAAAUCUGAUUCAUUGCACUCAAUGGAAACACAGAAAAAAACUCGUGGGACCUUUCAAAGCAAGCCGCGACAAACGGCGAGUAAAACGCGUGAACAAUUUUGCGUGUGAGCUGCAAAUGCCGAGUUAAAAACUAUUUUUCUUGUGAGUGAAAUAUUUGGCUAAAAGCGAGGAAAACUAAAUGCACGCCGUAACAAUUAUUCCGAAACCAAAUCUUACAUAGAAUUCUUUAGUCAGUUUGCGAAGGUUAACGCAAAAUGUUUUAGUACAAUAUUUAUUUUGCCAACGGAAGGGGUAGUUUCGAAAACGAAGCACUCGAAAACGAAGACCGAAGCACGAAGCACCCAAAUCUCGAAAACGAAGCACCCAAAACUCGAAAACGAAGCGCCCAAAUCUCGAAAACGAAGCACCCAAAACUCGAAAACGAAGCCCCCUAGAUCGAAAACGAAGCACCCAAAACUCGAAAACGAAGACCCCUAAAUCUCGAAAACGAAGCACCCAAAACUCGAAAACGAAGCACCCUAGAUCGAAAACGAAGCACCCAAAAACUCGAAACCGGUCUGUCCUUUAUAAACACGAGACCAAUGCUAUUACAGCAGGAAUCAAGCACGAUAACGAAUCGAAUUCUCCUUUUCCCCACCAUAGAGCCUGGUCCCAGGCUAUUACCCUAGAACAAAUUCUGCCUGGAUCUGAUCUGAUCUGAUCACGCAGUGUCAUAGAUACCCAAUAUGUUAGACUGCAAAACAAUCGGUUUUUUUCUCAAAAUCAGUAAAGAAGUCGGUAAAGCGUGGCGUAAGAGUAAUACGGGCAAGCCUGUCACACUCCGUUUUCAGCCUCGUUUCAGACCUUUUGUGUUACUGCUCACGCGUACUUGAAUACGCCAAAAUCUGCUGACGGACAGCUUUGAAGACUACAUAAACAUGUACGUGUACCGAAAAAAUGCAUAUUAAGGUAAGAUGUAUCAACAAGAGAGGUAUCAAGUAUAGCGGGACUAAUAAUAAAAUUAAUACAGGAUAUCCUAUUUAGAAACGUUCAGUGAAACAGUUGGUUAUAAAACCUUGGGAUGGAUUUUGUGGACCUUUGGAGGUGCGGACGCAUCCGCUGCCUCCACCUGAUUCGGAUUGCGUCAUGUAAGACGUAAAGUUGCACUUAUUAAACCUACAGUGGUUUCGAGUUUUGAGUGCUUCGUUUUCGAGAUUUAGGGGUCUUCGUUUUCGAGUUUUGGGUGCUUCGUUUUCGAGUUUUGGGUGCUUCGUUUUCGAGAUCUUGGGGUCUUCGUUUUCGAUCUAGGGUGCUUCGUUUUCGAGAUAGGGUGCUUCGUUUUCGAUCUAGGGGUCUUCGUUUUCGAGUUUUGGGUGCUUCGUUUUCGAGAUUUGGGUGCUUCGUGCUUCGAUCUUCGUUUUCGAGUGCUUCGUUUUCGAAACUACCUUACCACUGUAGUGGCAUAUGACAGGGUUGACACCUUAUCGGAUUACGUUUUUUGGCCAGAAAUUAAUGUACUAAUUAAAUUCUCACAGCAGGAAAUUCUCUUGUCACCUUUUGAAAACAAAGCGUCCGUAGCAACUAAGAAAUCAUGCUGAUCGCAAAAAAAAGUCGCUUGCGGAUCCUCAUGUCACGGGUAAUACACCGCCAGAAAUCUUUUUCCCCUGUCUUCUUGAAAUGAAAAUCAGGGCAAGUUGAGGGUACGUUUUAAACUCCAAGUCGGCAACCCGUGAACCAAUUUGGCUGAAAUUUGGCCAACUUACUACUAUAACUUACUGGACAAAUUUUGGCCAACUUCCUGUCGUAUAGUUUUUUUAAAAAAACCAUGUCUGCGAAUUUUGAUUUCUUUUUUCGUUUUCGAGUAAGAGUGUUUUUUCACAGGUAGAUAUAGUGCUAAUGAUUUGCUAUCCCUGAAAAAAAGCUUCUCAUUUCUGAAUCGCGUUAAUAUUUUCAUUUUUUAAAAGGAAUAAGCAAUAAUCUGGACCUAUUAAGCUUUCAGAAAAUGUACUGUUUAUGGGGGUAUUUCUUAAAAGCAAAAGCGCUAGCGCCGAUCAACGAGGGGAGGGUGCUUGAGGGUGGAUGAUACCUUAAUACGAAGACAAAGAAGUCCCUGAUCUUUAAUUCACAGCUGACGAGUUCUUCAGAAAUGAGAUAGUGUUGUCAUUCCACCAGCAAAGUUUUUUUCUCCUUGAACAAUUUGAAGUAGCUAGCCGUACGUAGAAGUCUUUUCACAAACGCCAAGGUUCCCUCAUUUCGCAACAACGCAGAUUUGGUUGUGAGUUUUGCAUCGAUUGUAAUGUCCUUAAAAAAUGGUUUUAGAGUUGCAAGCGUGCUGUACGAAAGGUAAACAACACUGAUCAUGAAGCAGUUUUCGUAUGGUGGGUGAACGAAGAUUAAAAGGGAUAUGACCUGAUAAAAUAUUCCCACCCGAUAUAUGUCGGUAAAGGUGUUGGCACUGACCGAAAGACAGAGCAAUCUUAUGGACAAUUGUUUUGAGCCAAGUUGAUAAGCAUUUAUAGGCAUGUUUGUGAUGCAAUGACAAAAGCUACAAUACCGAUAAUCUGAUGGAGACAUUCGUAUAUGCUUCGCUACUUUGUUCUGAAAAAGGUUUUAAAAGCAAUCCAUAAGAUACGGAAAUGGGCGGUCGAGUGUUCUUUUAUUGACAUCAAUGUUUUUUUGCUUAUUGUCGUCAAAGUAAUAUCGAUUUUACUUAAAACUGCAUUUUGACAAACUUCACUGUCGAAAGUCAGUCAGUGGUCAGAAAAUUUUAUAUCGAUCGGACAAGGAUAAAAUUACUUUUAAUGCGAUUGAAAAAUAUCGGUAUGAACUCCAAAAAAGCUGUAUCGAAACACCUUUUAAAAACUUCUCUUUUCACCUUCGGCGUAGCUAAAAAUGGCAGGUCUUAAAGUAAUGUUCCCACGAUCUUGUUUCAAAACUCUAAAAUCACACUGGAUUAAAAAACACAUGUACACACACACGAACAAAGGAAAUAAUAGAAUAAUAUACUCCACCCAAACUUAAAGUACGUGUCUUUCGGCUGUCGAUUUUGUCGAUCAUGACAACUUCAUGGAAAAAAUGGGCCAUCUCAAAUUAAACUCUUGCCGUUCUGGGCUGAAAAAAAUACCCAGAAUUUUCCCUGCACUUUCUUUCGCUUUUAGUGAAUCGCCUCAAUCUUUCUCUCAGAGUUCUUAUUUUGGAAAUAGAUGACUGAGAAAACCUAGGUUAAUUUCAGCUCAGGGUUGUGGUAUAAAAGUGGAACAACUCAAAAUGAUAGAACCUCAUUCAUCUCGAUUUUGGAGAUAAACUUACCGCCUAUACCAGUGAUACGAGGUAGGAUGACUCCAUAACAAGAGCAGCGAGGCAGAUUGCUGAACGAAAAUCACAAACCGAAGGAAACUGGGGAGAGGAUGCUCUCGAGUCACGUGGCCUCCGUAGUAACGGCGGUAAGCCUGGCAUGACAAAGCAAGAGUUAAAGAGAUAUAUUCACUUUCAAUUGCCUCUCGUUAAAUGUAAUUAGCAAAACGUAAACAGAAGCCUGAAUGUGUUCCAACUAUUUAGUAGUUGUAUUUAUUCGUAGCUUGGACGUCACCUGCUCGUAGCAAUUAAACAAAACACUAUAUGCUAUUAUAAAACUAAUUAACCAGCUACAAAGAAAUUAGUAUCACCAUUUGAAAGCAUUAAGUCUUUUACAAUAGUAUCUAAUAUAAUUACAAAAAAUAUUCUUCAACACCAAGAAUUGUUGAAAGUUUAGUAGUGAGAGCUUUGGGAACUCAUCCAGGAUCGGAGGGCCUUGCAUUCCGAACAUGUGAAGUAAUAAAGUGAAUUAGAGAUAGCCGAAGGAACUCGGUAGUGAGAAUUAACCGCCAACAAUGAACACGUACAGCAGUACAGCCUCAUCCAAAGUCUCGCAUCUGUCACGUCACCUGACGAUAGUAGGAGCUGUUGAAAAAGUAGAAGACAGUAUUUUUGAAAAAGAAUGCAUUGUGACAUUCACUUUACGGUAAGGUGUUAAAACAGGAUCCGUUUUUGCCAUAAAAUAGCUUUUAAAACCCCAAGUUACUUCAACAGCAGCGAGACUCACUUCCACGAAGAAUAGCACUUAAAUGCAAAUUGCCCGAUCCAGCCGAUCGUUGUCUUUAUAUAUAAUAUUGGAACGUUACAAAGGUAAAUAAAAUAAAAUGCAGCACCUGUUAAAAAACAGCAUCUAUUCUCUUAAGUAGUGAAUAGAAAACAGCGACACCACUUUGUUGUUUUAUAUCAAAAGAACAUAACUGCCUAGAUUUGAUCAGGAGACAUGCAUAAAUGUUGCGAGUUUAUCAGACACAAGUUUCCAGUUUUAAUUUCAGGUUUGUAAUUUUGUAAUCAUUGUGUCGAGGAUUUUAUAUAGAGGUUGGAAGGUAAUGAUGUAGAAUUUAAAAAUGCUAUAAAUCUCCUACAUGUAGAUAAAAUCUUUUCAAAAAAAAAAAUAUCCUGAACAACUAUUACUACUUUUGCUUAGCACACGAGCCUGACUAGCUGCGACGAAGGUUAGAGAGCCCCGGAUUAGAGCCUUUUCGAGCUAGUUUAAAGGUGACGUUACACGAGACGAUUCGCAACGACGAAAUUAGCGCAGCACGGUGUUGCAACAUUGUUGCGAGGUUGUUUCGAAUAUUUACAACUUUGUUCCCUCAUUGCAACGCUACGUUGCGCUAAAACUCGUCGUCGCGAAUAUUUCCAUUUAACAUCACCUUAAAUCCAUUUUGAAUUGGAGCAAACAGACUCGAAUUACACCGGCUCUCUGGCUUUAUUCUUAGAAACACCAUGUACAUACAAAAAAAACUUCCUCCAUGCAGGUUAAAAGUGCUUCCUUAAAACAUUUCUAACUUUGCAUUAAUUUUUGUAUAGCUUAUGACUGACCGGUACCCUGGGUGCCAGAGACUUUUCUAGUGCGGUUUCCGGUUUCUGUCAAGUCUUUAUAGUGACCUACAGUACUGCGCAAAAGAAAUGCAAACGAAAUUUGCCGAAAUAAGCGAAAUUACGCGAAUUUCGGCAAUCAAAUUGCGAACUUUCGCUUCUGACGAAAAAGCGAAAAGUUUUCCUCGCGGCUUCGCCGCUCGUGGCUUCGGCCUUCGGCCAACACCGAAAAUUCCCGCCGCAAGCGAGAAAAACAUCUGGUACCCAGGGUAACUGACCAGAUGCCAUUGGAAUCGAGUUACAUGUCGAGUUGACACCGCAUAAAAAGCUGACUUUUAUUGGGUAACACAAUUUCUCUGCCAAUUACCCCAGGGCCAAUUACUAGUAACCCAGAAAUUUGCACUGUGGCCCAACGAGGGCGACAGAAAGAAAUAAUUGAAAUGACAUAACACUGAAUUUCAACUGGCCGGACGCAAAAACCAGUUGGCCAGUUACAAGCGUGCACGAGAAGUUGAACGUACUCGGACUCAGUCGAAAACAAGCCAGCAAGCGGUCAAGGCGCCCCAACAAUAACGCAAGUGAAUGAAUAGGAGCGAGGACUGGAACCCACUGAGACGGGCAGAAGAAACUUCGGCACUCAGGUGUCACUUUAUUUGAUAAGUUCUUCUAUGCUUCUUAUACCGGAUGAACUAAUUCCUGUCAAGACAGAAAUAGAAAGAUCAUGUUCACGUCAUGAAAGUAGACCUCACUGUCAUGGAAACAACAGACAACUCUCAGUAGCCUUUCAGCGCAGCAUAGCCGUACGGAACAAAUAUCACAAACUGCACAAGUAUUCCUCAUUCUCUCUUGUUCAAGCAAAUAUCUAGUGAGGUAAAAAUUUCUCUUUUUCUCGUAAGUAUUUAGCUCUUUUCAAGGCCGUGUGAGGACAGUUCAAACGUUUUAAAAUUAAGGCAUAUUUCAAGCGCUCGAACUAUUUUCUAAGCGACUGACGUUUUUCUUAGUGUUGUCAAGGCUGUUGCUAGAGGUCGCAAAUUUACAUGUAGCCAAAGGAUCUAAAACUGCUAUUGGCGCCUCAUCGUUUAACAUUCUGCUGUUGAAAAAUAAUGCUCAAGCGACCGAUAGUUCAUGUCAAGGUUCUUCUGUGAAUUAUCACCAUUUUUAGAACUAUGGAACGACUCAGGCGUUUUUUCCUCCCUGCUAAACGAGCCCAAGGUUUGCUGUUAAACAUUUAUCUCAGCAUUUUCUUUUAUGAUAUAGAGAUCGGUCUCAUUAUUUCCAGUACCAAUCAAAACUAUGAAACGCUUCCUCUUUCAUAUCAGGCGCUUUUGGCUCCCUGCUAAACGAAAAGGUUUGUUGUUAAAUUUCUGAUCGAUCUGGCUGAGAGCUAUCUUACAAACAAUGUAUCGUCAAAUUACGAAAUAUCACAAGAUCUAGCAACCCUAAAGGAAGAAUUUUAAAAAAAAACAAAAAAGAACAAUUCAGAAGAGAUUUAGAGUGAAACAGCUGCAUGAGUUUUGCUCUAGUUAUUUUCAAGCUGCGCAGAGAGACAGGGUAUCGGGAUCGCCAUGAUUUGAAUUCCUUGCCUAACAUGUUGACUUUCGCAAUUUAUAUGGUAAUUAGUAGCUUGUUUGUCCAAGCUCUCGCUUUUAAUAAUAAGCCCUUCUUGCAAGAUUUAUACGAUAAUCUUUGUAAUAUUUAUUUAAAAAAAUCAUAAGCGUAGAUUUUGACUGUUAAUAAUAUCAUUUAUAUCAAUGAUAAAUAAGAUUGGGCCGAGUAGUAUUGUUCCUUGAGGUACGCCUGAAAUCACGGGUGACCAAUCUGAACAAUUGCCCCUUAACACGUUGUAGUUUCAGCAACAAACGCUCAUGUGGCACGCUGUCGAAAGCCUUAGAGAGAUCUAAGAAGAUGAUGUCCGUUUGCCUUUGUUGUAACUGAUUGGAGUUGUUUUUUCUUUAAGGAUCUAAGAUGACGUCAGAAUAUCUGAUCACUGUUGUCACAGGAAGCAGAAAGGGAGCUGGGACAGACGCCUCGGUAUCUCUCAUUAUCAAAGGUAUUGAUCCUAGUGCUAUAAAUUGCUUCAUGUACUCUCUUAGGACGUGCGAAGGUUGGAGAGCUGUGAGAAGUGGCUUUGGUGAAAAAUUAAACAUUUCUUGGUCUGACAAAGUCUGUAACGAAGACGUAUUGAGGCGUAAUGGUGAGGAGAGGGCCAUCAUAUCUGUUAUCAACAGAAGACAGAGUCUGGCUUGGUCAAUGGUCAUACCCUACGACAUGGUGAUCUUGUCCUAUUAGUUACUGAGAGAAGAGUAAUAGGAAGGAGACCAUCUGGAAGACCUCGAGCGGGAAUGCUGGAUAGAGUGAAGGAUGACAGCCCUUACGUAGCGUUCAAGGGGUGUGCCCUAGAUCGAGAACUAUAAGGAAGGACCUGUCUGUGGGCAGAACACACACACACACACACACACGCUGUUAGAACCGGCACCAUUCUCUGGUGCUGAGGCGGCUAGUGGAGUAUGAGUCGAUUCGGGUCGUUCGAGACGAAUCCGAACGAAUAUAUACGAUUGUCUUGAUAUCAAAAUGACAUAUCUGUUGUGUGUUGGUGAAAUGUCAAACGCAACACAGUCUAUGUAAAACAGGUUUCUGCUUUCUUUUCAGUGAAGUUUUUUCGUCUAUUGUCAACCAUUUUUCUAUGCCCGACUUGUUAAGGGCUAAACAGAAGAAAUGUCGUAACCAAGUUGUGUCUAUUCUCAUAAGGUACCAAUGGUGAAACUGAUGCUUUAAGCCUGGACAAAUGGUUUCACAAUGACUUUGAAGCUGGACAAAAAGAUGAGUAUCAGAUUACUGCCAAAGACGUUGGCGAACUUCUGUUGGUGACACUGAAGAAUGACCAAGGUGGCCUUUACAGUGACUGGUUUGUAAACCGUGUUACGAUCAAAAUCAAAGGCAAGGACACCGUCUAUGAUUUUCCAUGCAACCGCUGGGUGCAAAGCGAGACCAUCAUCUUCGAAGGAGCAGGUAACGUGAACUAAGGGUUCUUUCCAAAAGUCAGAAGAAGCCGGCCGAACCGAUCCGUUCGAAAAUGAAUAGGCUUUUUUAAAGAGUUUUCGCUUACAAACCAUCGACCCCAUGCAGAUUAUUUUGCAAUUAACUGAUCGGGCUGGACAAUUUUCAUUAAAAGUGAAAUUCUCUUUUCGACGGGGAAUAGUCUGGCCGCUGCCAGUUCUGAACAAAUGGAAAGCGCUCUAAGCAGUCCAAGUUAGAGAAAAGAAAGAAAAAUAGGCUAUUGUGGACACAAAACACUCAGUACAGCUAAUAUUUGCUUAUCCGUAUUUUUUGGUAUUGUUUCUCGAGCAUAAAAAUAAUUUUUUCAGUGAUGUAAACUUGUCACGUUUGAAGACUUUGAACUUUGCAGAAACAACGUUCAGCUUAUUUAUUUGAAAGAAUUAAACAUGAUUAUAUCCUGCUCUAUCUUUGCUGAAGGAAUUUAUAUUGGCCGUUUGGCAUGGAUUUUAGAUGCAGAGUGAAAAACAAAGGAGGGCAUCAAAGUGUCAUCCCCCUUGCAGAUCCAAUAUCAUCACUUCGAAUCACUGCCAUUAACUGCCAACUUAUUCUUUAUUUAAUUUGAUGGUUUUGGAUUUGUUUUAUUUCAGCUAAACUGCCUACAGAUAAACAGCACGGCUCUGUUAAGUCCCAGAGAGAAGAAGAGCUCAAGCAGAGGCGUUCCCUUUAUGAAUGGGGGACCGAUGCAGCCUACUCCGAUCUUCCUGGUUUCGUAAAAGCUUCAGGUGUUAAAGAGCUACCGAGAGAUGUACAGUUCACUGAAGAAGCUUCCUACGACCUGCAUGCUGCACGGAGAAAUGCUUUGAUAAACAUGGGCCUUGUGCAUCUGUUUAAUAUUUUUGACUCAUGGGACGACUUUGAUGACUACCGCAAGGUAUUUUGGUUGCUGUGACUCACUCUGACGACGGCGACGGCAGCGAAAACGUCACUUUUAAAAUGACUUGGCUUUUUUUAAACUUUAUCGCGUUUAUUCCAAAUUGCUGAAAAUAUCAAAUAUAGGCGAAUUUCCCUAGAGCUGAUUUCUUGGGGACCACACUCAAGUUUUAAAAGAGAAAGAAAAAUUCGUUAUCGCUUGUUUACGUCCUCCAUAAAACGUGAGAUUAGGGAUUUUCACGCCGUAGUCGUGCAGUGACGCCAAAGAAAUGUACAAAAAAGUGUCCUACACGUGCAAAGUAGUUGUUUUGCUAAUCUAGCCUAUUGCUUUUUCGACGUUCUCGCUGCCGUCGCCGUUGUAGUUGCUAAAGCUCCCUAUUGUGUUGCAGGGAGACUGGGAAGAAAGAAUAAGAAAGCGCAGGGCACGAGGGGAAGGAAAGCCUUUCCCUCUUCCCAUCGUCCACUGCGCGCCUCCUAUUCUUUAAAUUAUUGCUAUUUUUAUUGAAAUACACAGCAGAAACCUCUGCGGAGGAGAGAAUUGCUGUGAGACUCGUGCAUUUUAUUCUCCUCAAGUUUACAAUUCGACGUCGCCGUCGAGGAUUUCCUUCCGGACCCGGGAGAGCGGUAGAAAUUGCGCCUAGCAGAGAGUUAAAAGAAUAAAAGAAAGAACGGAGACUAAGACCAUAUGAAUUAUUCGUCGGGAUUUACGUUGUAAUGUCUACUGAUUAUUUUUAAUUUGGUUGUGGCUGUUUCUGGCCCUUUUUUUCUAUUUUCUAUAGUUCUUCCUAGUUACGCUGAUUGAUGGUCAUUCUAAAACAACACAAAAGAAUAAAAAUAACAUUCAUUCAUCCAAAAUUUUUUCGUGCAACGUUUUCCUUUGCACUUUAAAAAUCUUGCACAACUAAAACAUUUAACACCCUAGAGGAAAAGUUCUUUAUCUGUUCCAGACCCCAACGAAAACAUUAAGAUUCACAAAAUCAACUUUUUUCGAGGGAUCCUACAUAUAAGGUGUUGAACACAACAAACACAAAUGAGAUAGAGCAAGGGCAGUUACGCGAUCAAUAUCCAAGAGAGAGACUUCUGGCGGAAAACGGAAAUUUUUUGCUGGAAGUUAUGUUAUCUCCAGGUAGCUAAUGAGAACCCUCACUGAGGGUAAAGAAAAUCCAAUGAAAUUAUAUAUAACUUACGGGUACCUUGCUAAAAGUUUCACAACACUUUGCUUGCUUUUGUUGUUGUUAUUGUUCCAGGCUGUCAAUUAGACGGAAUAACGGAAUGAAAAGCGAACGCGAGACUGGAAGAAAAAUGGAUGAUGUGUUUAAACAUUUGACUCUUCUAUUCACUUUGUAGGCAUUCACCAGUUUCAUAGGUGAGGUACCCAAAGCAGCAGACCAUUGGAAGGAUGACCGUUUCUUUGGAUAUCAGUUUCUGAACGGGUGUAAUCCAGACUCAAUCAAACGAUGCACCCAACUCCCAACAAACUUUGCCGUCACACAGCAGUUGAUCGGCAACCUUUUGGACACCGGAGACACGUUGGAGAAAGCCAUGAAUGUGAGAUAUAUUAAAUUUAUUUAGUGCUGAGGACCUUUUCACGCAAGUAUUAGUUCGAAAAAGGUGGUUUAAAAACGUAUCAAAUGCAGGCGUACAAACCAGGUUUUCCAGAUGUAUUUUGCCUUUCUACAUUGAGAAGCCGUCAGAAAACAUGCGGCGCCGGAUAAGCUUACCUUUUCUUUUCCAAGCUUUUCUUAACAUAUCCCUUGGUAAUCAUGUAGCUUCUUAAAGGCCAGUAACCCAAUCCGGCAAUUUUUCAUGCCAUUAUAGUAGUGAUUUUUUAUGUGAUUUUAAGCCCGAUUUUAGCCUGCGUGUAAGUACUCCAUCUAUGGCGAUCUCCCGAGCGAAGCACGGAAGAUCGCGCGAGCGAGGGGCGGAGGAAAAGGAACUUUCUUUCUCCGCCCCUCGCACUCGUGCCGCCUCCUUUCGUGUGAUGUUCGCGGGUGAUUUCUCGCAACUUCCCAAUAGACCUUUUUACCGAUACGGCGGCCAUAUUGAAUUAAUUCGAUUUAAGGAGUAUUAUAGGAUGCCCAGGGAGCGUGAGCACAUUUCGUUUGUAUUUUCGAGCACUUUUCGGGACGUUUUUUCUUAAAGUUUUCUUAGAAUAAAAUUGUAAAGGGAAAAAAGAUGCUUGUGCCUUGUUUGGAUGUAAUAAUGAUCGCCUUUUUCUCGAGAAAUAUACAGUGAAAGACCAUAUUUCUAAUACUAAACUAGAAAAAGGCGAUCAUUAUUACAUCCAAACACGGCAAAAGGAUCUUUUUUCCCAUUACAAUCUUAUUCUAAGAAAAGUUAAAGCAAAAAUGUCCCGAAAAGCGCUCGAAAAUACAAACGAAAUGUGAUCAUGCCCCCUGGGCAUCCUAUAAUACUCCUUAAAUCGAAUUAAUUCAAUAUGGCCGCCGUAUCGGCAAAAAGGUCUAUUGGUGAGAGCUUGCCCAUUGGCCUGCCCGAUUUCAUAUCACCUGUUUAAUCUAGCGGUGUUUCAUGGCGCUAGAUUUCAUGGUAAUUUCUGGCCGCUAAGACACUGCUGUUUCUAGGGCCUGCAUAACAUUUACACGGUUUAUUGGCGAUGUGAGAGCUACUUAAACGGUACCUGGGUGGACUCUACCCCGAUAGGUUAAUAACUCAAAUUGCCAUUUGAAGCUGCCAUAUAAAAUCAAACCAGGAGUUCAUAAUAUCGCCGCAAAAUCGUAAAAUAUUACCAGUUUAAACCUAUUUUAAGUGGUUAGUUUAAUAAUUUACAGGCUGGUCGGGUCUACAUAGUAGAUUAUGAAAUCUUGGAGGACAUCCCCCACUAUGGUCAGGACCGGGAGGACCUAGAAAGGAGAUACAUGUGCGCAAGCUUUGGUCUGUUUUAUGUGAAAGGAAGCGGGGACCUGGUGCCAAUAGCAAUCCAGCUACAUCAGCAGCCCAGUCCAGAUAAUCCAAUAUGGACUCCCAAUGACUCCGACUUGGACUGGAUUUGCGCAAAGUUUUGGCUACGAAAUGCGGACACUCAGUAUCAUCAGGUAAAUAUCCACAUAUUUCCAUUCAAUGGAGAUCUUAAGAUUCUAAGUCAAGGACGAACACCAGGAAGAGAUUUUUACAAUACUAAGUAGUGCGCGCACAUGAAACAGCGUCAGUUGGCGGGAAAACGUGAUAGCAGUCGUCACUCUAUAACGGGUUUUAGGGAGAAUGUCGUAGCAGCGGAAACAAUGAAUCUUUCCAGGGUGUAAAUUUUUGGAGAAUACGCGAAAAACUUUAAAGUUAAAUCUCGCUCUGGUAUUCUUCCUCGUCAUCGAAUAGAAAGGUCCCUAAGCAUUUUAAGGAUGCGCGGCCUUGCAACGAAAGUUCUAGACCAAGUGUGGAAAGUAGACGAUACUAUCACGCUUUACAAGGACGCGCGAUUAAAAAAAAACCUUGCUUUUUUUGUAAUAUUGUGAUUUGAUUUUUAUCUAUAUUUUAAAUCUUUUUAUUUUUAUUUUUUCGUUUUUAAUUUUUUACAGGACCUGCAUUGAUAGCAGUUUUUUUCUUAAAACUGAAGCAGCAAUCCUGCAUAAAUAUGUUUAAAUUAUUAUUAUUAUUAAUUUGUGCUUUGCGUUUUUUUUUUUUAAGAUAGCAUCAGUCAAAGGAACCAAUUUAGAUUCCUUUCCAACAUAUUUUUUUCUUUUCAAAAAUCCCUUUCAGAUGAUUACUCAUCUUCUUCGAACUCAUCUCUUCAUGGAACCGAUCGCGGUUGCCAGCUACCGACAACUGCCUACCAUCCACCCCCUGUGGAAACUGCUGUCGCCUCACAUCCGAGGGGUUCUCGCCAUCAACACUCUGGGGCGAGAUCGCCUGAUUGCCGAGGGAGGGGUGGCCGAUCUCACCCUUACGGUGGGUGGUGGAGGUAUGUAAAGCACUCACUACUAUUAACCACGUACAACAUUGAUUCAAAUCAAGAAAUAAAUGCAGAAACUGAAUCGAAGUAUACAUUUUGUUUUAUAUCUACUGAGGCCAAACGAAGCGUGAACUUAAAAUUUAGGGCCCCUAGAGGGUGGGCGUUUAAAAUGGCAAAACAUGGGUACUUACCAAUUACGCGGGAAAACCGGAAAUUCCGGGUGAAAAAUAAAAUGGUUCGCGCCAUUUCGUUUGGGAAGCUUCAGAAAAUAUGGGCUGUAAUUUAAGGGGAUAAAUUUUUUCUACUUGUUUUAGCUAGUCUCUUCAGCUGAUCUGAAUAUAUUAUGUACCAGGUCGCUCUUCCACCAGGUCAAAUUUUAUAGUUCCAUGUUUAUGCAAAAGAUUUCCACCCGGGAGGUUUGGGUAAAUUGCAAUUGUAAGCACGCAUAUUACCUGCAGAGAAAACACGAAAUUGUUUCGCUUAGACUCAUCAUAACAACUGCUGUAUAUUUCGUAAUAAAAUACAAUUCGUCUUUGUUUUUGGACAGGACAUAUUACGCUAAUGAAAAAGUACUACAAGGCCCACAGCAAUUGGAAGACUUAUGACAUUCCCCAAGUUUUGAAGGAAAGAGGAGUUGAUGAGGUAGAUAAACUGCCCAACUUCCAUUACCGUGAAGAUGCUUUAAAACUAUGGGCAGCAAUCAAAGAAUUCGUCAAGGAGAUCAUAUCCGUUUAUUAUAGUUCUGAUGAUGCCAUAAAGAAGGUAAGGAGGCAUAUUAUUAAGGAAAAAUGAAACUAGACAACAAUAUUCAAAGAAAAAUAUAUUUUAAAAAAAUAAAAAACGGACGGCUUGCUUUGAUCAAAAAUUGUGUAUCAAGAAGAGGUGCAAUUAGCUGUCCGGACAUUAAAAAGUACGGCAGACUCCGGCAAGAAAAAAGCCAAAAUACCGUAAAAUUCCAAAAAUAAGCACAUCCAUGUAACAGGUAACGCAAAAAGGCCCUACGUUAAAUCGUCCCUUUAAUAUAAGCCCCUCGGGGGCUUGUACUUGGAAAAUUGCCCUCAGAUACAAAGUAAAACAAAGCAAAAACGAUAAAUUUCCUUCCAACUAUAAGGCUAGCCUAAUCGAUUUUGAAACGCAAAUUUCCCUCCGUAGAUAAGCCCCUCCGAAUAUAAGCCCCUCAAAAAGGGCCUUUGAAAAAUGUAAGCCCUGGUCCGCGUAAAUGUAAUGGUCCGCGUAAGAACUAGGCAGGCAGAACGCAAAAUCGAUUAAAAGGUGUUAACUUUUAAUUUUUAAUUUCAAUUAAAUGGUGCGUUCUGAUUGGCUGAAAUCCAAAAAUCGACGAAAAAACAAAGAAAAACGUAGCCUGCGUAGCAUGGCGGUUUUGGUUGGGCGCGCUAAGUAAUAAAGGCGGGCGAGGGCAGAGAAACCGCGAGGAGAUUGGGGCGGAAGAAAUUUGAAAAACCGCCUGCACGCUUUUUUGAGUCGGUCCGCACGCCAGCGUACGGAUCGUUCCGAUUGGUUCGGAAUGUUCGCCUGUCAAUCAAAUAUUUCGGUAAUAUCCUAUGGGAGAGUUUUGAGGGACUGAACAUCUCCGCAAAACAAAAUCAAAAUAUCAAAGAAGCGUUGACCGGAGCGUCGUCGAUCUUGAAUAUUUGACGGAAAAACAGGGCAAUUGUAUUGAAGCCUAAACAGGAAAUGGCCGUUUACAGUCUUCUUCAAAGGAGAGAUGUCAUGGAAAUUUUGUCAACAAGAUUUGGCAAGAGCAUGAUCUUUACUGUCUUUGCUAUGGCCAACGAAGAAAUAUCCCCAUCGAAAACCGGUAUGAUCACAAUUUCCCCUCUAAAAGGUACUAUCGACGACCAGAUAUCUGAAAUGUUGUCGCUGAGCUGGAAAGCAAUGGACCUUAUGACAGAAACAGUAAAUUUCAGUGCUUCGAGAAAGUUCACCUCAAUUUUCUCUAUUACUCGGUGUUAGAGAAUAACGCACUCCAGCGCAAUACAUCGAACGGUGUCCGCUAUUGUGGUCGAUGAAUCGCAUACGGUAGAAGAAAGACGCACAGCGUAAUUCUCCAUACUUUUUUGCUUGGUGUAGCUUAAGCUACAACUCAAGUCUGAAGAUCGCGCUAUACGUAAAAAUACAACAUCCUGCAAACAACACUUAAAAAGCCGGGUCCAGCGUCAAAACAUUCACGGACAAAGCAGUGACAAAGAAACUACAAACCAAGGCUCCUUGGUUUGUAGUUGUCCAGAUCCAGGCAUUUUAGUCGGAAAAGACCAAAGAAACUAAAAUAUUUAUUUAGCCGUAAUAAAAAAGCUUUAGGCUUUAAGAGUGGUCAAAGAAGUUAGUACUUUACAACUGCAUCUGAGAUCAACAAAUUCUAAUUAGCGAAAAUAACAUUAACCACAGGAAAUAGUUACUCAAUACGGAUUAAACAAACCAACUCCAUGACCUCUAAAUAAAUGUAAGACUUAGUGCAGCAAAAAUAAGAUCUACUCAGUCAAGUUUAGAACGCAGUGUAGUCAACUAUGCGCGAGAUAGCCACAAAGAAAAAACCCGUGUUUGUUCAAGCAAACUCCAAUUCCGGCCAAGGUCACGUUUUACACUAUAUCACGAGCUUUUGUGUCGUGUUUAGGCUGUCAACACUUUAUUUCUGAUUGGCUGGGAAAACUGAAACCAAACAAGUUGUCAACAGGAUGUCAAAAUCAGUUGAAGGGGGCGGCAGUUGAAAAGGCCACGAAUCCGGGCAGGCGGUUUUUAUUUUUCUCGCGGCUUCGCCGCUCGUUCUCGCGCGCUUCGCGCGCGAAUUUCGCGGCUACGCCGCUCUGCGCCCAGCUCGACAACACCGCCAUGCUACGCAGGCUAAGAAAAACGUGACAAAAACAACUUUUUUUAGCUUUAUUUUCCCCAUUCUCCUGUCUUUUACCUCACGGCCAAGUUUAAGCAUUGUUCUGUGCGCCAAUCAAAAGUUAGAGCGGAAAACGUGCAACACGCGCGUGACCUUGUUGUGAACCAUCUUGGAUGCGAUAUUUGAGAUGUGAGGAAAUUUGUCUUUUACCCGAAGAAAUGUCGUCAAUUUCAUCGCUGAAAUCUACAUAUUUCCCUUUAUCGUUUGUUUAUUGCUUUUAUUCAAUGUAUUUUAUCAUCGGAGUGAUCGUGAAAUUCCUACUGCAGCAGCGUUUGCAGCUACCUCAACCACAGGUAGCCCAAGCUCACUAUGACAGCCGUGAACAACAUUAUCCUACUUAGCUAAUUAAUUAUUCAUACAGCAAGAAAAUUAUAAGACGUUGUAUGGAGAAAUAUUCUUUGCUCACUAAAUUAGCAAAAUGUACAUUGAAUAUCGCUUUGAAGCUUACCUUUAGCGUCUUCUUGUUUUUCUUUGUAUUCUGACUGCAUUUCAGACCUCCUAGGCACUGUUUAAGGCCUUUUUUGGAGCAACAGUUUUGCACCCAGAUGACAGUAGAGAGAAGAGAAGAGAAGGUUGGCAAACCUCUCUUGACCGGCUCCGCUCUCGGAGGCGAUAAAUUCCGUGACAUUUGCGACAUGGAGACAAUUCCGCCAGAAACAGAUGUCCUGAUAAAUAACGCACAUUUUCCAUCAUUCACAUCGCCAAAAUUCCCAUUUCGAAGGUCCUAAAUCGCCAACGAAGUGGGCAAUACACGGCUGAGGUGAGGCGAGUCGAGAGCAGACCCGCAACGGACUCCAACCGUCACGUCGACAAUUCAAACCGACGAGGGCUGGCAGGGUCAAAUUGUUCAACCGUCAAAGGACAACUGGAGCAUUUAGCCUACUGGGCACAGUAACUGAUUUUUCACUUCUCACAUUGCACUCCGGGGUCGCGGAAGUCAAGCAUCGCGUGUGAUAGUAACAUGUAAUAUCAGAACAUGUCGCGUUGUUAAUGUUAAUGUUUUCUGCCAUAAUUAAUAGCAGCGUCAAGAAAUCCAAUCAAUACAAAAAUAGCUACUACAUUUGGAAUUCAUAUUUCAGAAAUAGUUUGCUUGGGCUGUAAGCAGCUGAUGUAUAAUUUGAUCUUGAAAUUGGUGUAGCUAAUGUGGCAGAAUUACCAAGAGAAAAUUCAAAGAAAUAUUUAUUUACAUAUUUCCUUUCCGUAAAAACACUCACAAUAGAUAAGAGCACCUGCCGGAAGAUCCUGUCCCCAAACUUGCUACUUACUGCCACUUGUUGAAAAAGGGAGGAAAAAUAGCUAACAACUGUUUACAGCCGUAGUAAUUCUUAUUGCAAAAUUUUUUUCUAAAUCAUUCAUAAAAAACCAUUGUCAAACGCUUUUUAAAAGAAGAAUAGAGAUCAAAACAUUAACAACGCGACAUGUUUUGAUAUAUUACAUGUCACUAUCACACGCGAUGCUUGACUUCCGCGACCCCGGAGUACAAUGUGAGAAGUGAAAAAUCAGUUACUGUACCCAGUAGGCUAAAUGCUCCAAUUGUCCUUUGACGGUUGAACAAUUUGACCCUGCCAGCCCUCGUCGGUUUGAAUUGUCGACGUGACGGUUGGAGUCCGUUGCGGGUCUGCUCUCGACUCGCCUCACCUCAGCCGUGUAUUGCCCACUUCGUUGGCGAUUUAGGACCUUCGAAAUGGGAAUUUUGGCGAUGUGAAUGAUGGAAAAUGUGCGUUAUUUAUCAGGACAUCUGUUUCUGGCGGAAUUGUCUCCAUGUCGCAAAUGUCACGGAAUUUAUCGCCUCCGAGAGCGGAGCCGGUCAAGAGAGGUUUGCCAACCUUCUCUUCUCUUCUCUCUACUGUCAUCUGGGUGCAAAACUGUUGCUCCAAAAAAGGCCUUAAACAGUGCCUAGGAGGUCUGAAAUGCAGUCAGAAUACAAAGAAAAACAAGAAGACGCUAAAGGUAAGCUUCAAAGCGAUAUUCAAUGUACAUUUUGCUAAUUUAGUGAGCAAAGAAUAUUUCUCCAUACAACGUCUUAUAAUUUUCUUGCUGUAUGAAUAAUUAAUUAGCUAAGUAGGAUAAUGUUGUUCACGGCUGUCAUAGUGAGCUUGGGCUACCUGUGAUGUGACUGUGUAGUUAUUUUGUCCUUUUCGAAACAUCAGAAUUCUGUGUAUCUUUACUCUUCUAUGAUUCGAUUUGUUUUCAUUCUAGGCUGUUUCGUCGAGCUAAGUGUAACUUUAGACGAACGAAUUGAAAUUUGUGAUUGUAAUUUCGCAACAGUUGAAAGACAGCAGCCGCUGUAUAUAAUACAAAUGUAGCUCUCACUAGUUUUGAGUGUCAUCCGGUAGGAAAGAUAAUGCAAGUUUGACUGUAACUGUUGCCUUUACUUUUUCUAAGAAUGAAAGUAGGUUUUGCGGAGAUAUUUAGACUAAAAAUAUACUUACUAUGUAAGACUGUGAAGAGAGCUUCUUCUGAAACCGAAUUCUCCGAACAUCCAUGAAUUUUUUUUGGUAUGGACAAUCGUCUUUUUAUUCAAAUGUGGGCCAUUAGGAUAAUCCUCCGACAUGAUUUUAUGAAAUUGUUGUUCUUUAUGCUGACAAAAUAAAAACACGCAGCUUUGGCGCGUUCGCCAUGUGAGCUUGAAUUACUGCUGUUUCCGAUCACGGUUUUGACAUUUCCUUUGUGAGAACCGAAGUAGCUGUCUUUCAGGAGGUCGCCGAUUGAUGUAUUCCUGUGCCAUUUUCAUGUAAUUUUAUAUCAGUUUAACUUUGCUCGGGUUUGGCGCAUAGAAAUCCUCUAAAUUUUAGAUAUGUUAUAUUUUUCAACAUAUCAGAGCAGUAGACAAAAUAAAAAAUUGUUUGAAUGACUCUUUUGCUAUCUUAAUUCAUUUCUAAAAUUCAAAUUUCGCGCUUUUCGACCUAUUGACCAAUCAAAGCAUUCAAAUUUAAUUUGAUUAGAGAAAUUAGUACCUAAAAAAUAACUGCCGCUAUUGCACUGGCCUAUUGUUCUUUUGCCUAGUUCUUACACAGACCAUUACUUAAUUGGUUUCCUGAAUUUUCUUAACCGUAGUGCCCCGCUUUUCUAUUUGUGAUUAUUGUUACAAUUACUGUGAAAGAUGAUUUUGCCACAUGUAGUGUAAUGCAAUGCAAGGCAUUCUUGGAUCCUGGAUUCUAUGCUGUUGAUUCCGAAUUCCAUGUACUGGAACUGGGAUUCCGGAUUUCAAUAGUAAAUAGGAUUCCGGAUUCCUUGAGCUUGCGGAUUCCAAAGCCCGGAAUUCCGGAUUUCACUAUCAAAAAUUUCCUGGAUUCUGGAAUCCGAUUUGCCUUACAUGGGGCAAAUGAUUUAUUAUCAAAACAGGAUUAUGAGUUGCAGAACUGGAUAAAAGAUUUGCACGAUAACGGAUAUCCGGUCACCAAAGGGCACGUUGACCAUGGCGUGCCCAAGUCCUUCACUAGCUGCCAACAGUUGUGCGAAUUUCUGGAAUGCACUAUCUUCACCUGUGCCUGCCAGCACGCAGCGGUUAAUUUUUCACAGUUGGAUGUGUACGGUUUCCCGCCAAAUUCUCCAGCUCUUAUGCGCCAGCCACCACCCACAAAGAAGGGCGUGGUCACAAUGGAGCACAUGAUGAAAUGCCUCGCUACUAAACACCAAGUGUCGCUGACUAUCGCUACGGUGUACGAUUUGACUCGUAUUUAUCAGGAUGAGGUACGCUUUACUGUAGUGUUCUACGUUGUAACAUUGAAAACGCCUGUACAAUCAAUUUCAAAGUGAUCAGCAUCGCGACAGCAAGGCAAAUUGUUAAUGGCUUCCUGUAGAAUAAAAUAAUUCACCUUCACCCUCUUAUUGGUUAGCUUAAGCAGCAGGAUAGCAGAGAGAAGAAGACGGCAAAACUUUCUCGUGUGACAAACGUAACAGGCCUAGCCUAUUACUUGCGUGUUUUGUAGUGAUCUUCACUUGACAUUAAGUAUGUUCUGGUGUUUCACAAAAAGAUCCGUUUAAAGGAAGGUUAGUUAGACGGAAAAACUUUUUCGAACAAAAUCUUUGUCACGCUUUUCACUCAAAGUUUGUCGUCUUGAUUUGUUUUGAUUCUCUGCUGUCCUGUUGCGCAAGUUAACUAUUGUGCCUCAAGACAAUAUUACAGAGCUCAAGAGAUAUUGCAAACUUGUUGCCAAGCACUAAUUUCCCGCAUAAUAUCAUAGAUGACGAAUUACUCCUUAAUUUUGGCGCGAAAUUUCAGCGUUAAUUUGUACUUUCACAUGUAAAAUUACUAAAUUGCCAUGGCAACUUUCCGUACGUCUCCGUUUCAAGAUGGCGACGAAGUUUUAAAAUGUCAUGAAUGAAGAUGUCAGGGCAUAAAAAGACGCUUUAGAAAACCUGAACACACGAAAGAGCUUAUCAAGAAGGAUUCUUAGAGGUAUGUUGUCGAAAAAUUCUGAAAACUUAAGCCAAAUUUCAGCUCUAAACGUUUGAGAGAGUGGAGUUCACGAUCGACUGAUACGAUCCAGGAUAACUGAGGAUAACAAGUCAAAAAUCCUCGAUUGCUAAGGUAAUUCGUCACCCAUGAUAUUAAUAGGUAAUCAAAUGGUAUACUCGUGAAAUUAGGGAAUAAUUUCACUUGCGUUUUGUCCAAAUCCUAAUAAUUUCCCGAGCCUUUGACAAAACGCGCGUGAAAUUAUUCCCUAAUUUCACUCGUUACCAUUUGAUUACACAUACUUAUUAUAGUGAACAUAUUGCAGGCCGCCUGUACUUAAUGUUUACUUCAGUUUCAUCACAUUGGAUAGUUGGUUAGUUAUUUACUAAAAUGCCUUUUACAAAUGUUGUUUUCAGAGUCUGAAUGCUAAAAAAACAUUCGUUUCCUCCACAGCGAUUCAUUGGCGACUAUCGUGAAGACCUGUUUAUCGACCCUCCUGCCAAAUCUGCCAUUUCUAGCUUUCAGAAGAAGUUGAAGCAAAUCUCCGCCGAGAUAAAAGAGCGGAAUGCAAAUCUUGAGAUCCCAUACCCUUAUCUGCUGCCCGAGCGCAUUCCUAACAGCAUUGCCAUCUAA